AUGCGUCGCAUCUCUCUGCUGGGUCCCUCUGCGGAAAGCAGCAGGAUCGUGCCGCCCCAUGCUGCCAGCACGGAGGGCCGCUCUCUGCUGUACCGACGAGCUGAGCAAACGACUGCGGCCAAGAAGGGCGGCCUCGUCGGGGAUGCCGCUGCUGCCUCGACGAUACAGACACACACCGCCACGUGGGUGGACGAAGAUGAAGCGCUCAGCCUCGAUCCGAGAGAUUACGCCUUCGAUCAGGACGAUUCUCAAGACCAGUGGGAGCGAUUGGCCGGCGUGUCGGACAAUCCUCUGAUGGGUGACCGGAGCGGCGCUCCUCGUGGUCAUGGCCGGGCCAAGGAACGAUUGGCCAAGAAAUUCCCCAUCGAGUACGCCGACGAGGACGAAGAGGACGAAGAUGAAGACAACUUGCCCGGCCUCGGCGGAGGAAGGCGCCAGUCAGCCGCGCAGCAGCAGCAGCAGGGCCAGGAAGGCGAGGAAGAGCGGGAAGACCUCACUCCCCUUGAGCUCCGCCACCGCGCCAAGGAGGAAGAGAAGGAGAAGAAGUGGACGCAGAUCAUCAACCCUCUCAAGGAUGACCUCGAGGCCCAGAUCAGUGCCGGCAAGCAUGUCCCUCUCUGGCACCCGCACGUUGACGAGUAUGACGGCGACGGUUAUGACGACUACGCCCGCACGCUUCAGGGCGCCUGGGAGGAUGAUUCGCCCUUCCACCGAGACUACGAGUACAACGAAAAGGAGUUCAAGAACCACUUUGCCUUCUCCGUCUCCGGCAAUCAGCACAUCUUGAACGUUGGUCGUCAUACCAAGACAACGAAGGCAGGGCGCGUCUUCUCCUACUCUGCCACCGUGAUUGAUGGCAACGGCAAUGGACGAGCUGGUUGGGGUUAUGGCAAGGGUCCUACGCUAUCGGAUGCCGUGCUGGCUGCCCAGAAGGAUUGCGAGAAGAACAGCUUCUACAUUGACAGAUACAAGGGCCACUGCAUUACCGAAUCAAUCCGCUUCAGCUAUAAGAAGUGCUCUGUGGAGCUCUUUGCCCUGCCCGAGGGCCGCGUGCACCCGACAUCGUCCCAGGUGAUGCAGCUCGUCUUCAACGCCUUCGGACUCAAAUACGUUGCCGGCAAAUGGCUCGGGAGCACCAACAAGACCAAGAGGAUCAAGACUCUGUUCAUGGCACUGCAGCAGGUCGAGCACCCGGACUACCUGUCGGAGAAGCUGGGCAUGAAGCUCUUCAAGCCCAGGAAGGUGCCGCGCAAGAACGGCCGGGUCUGGACCUACGACUGA